AUGAUCAGUACAACUUCUAAUUCCUUCAUUUCCUCUCCACCACCACACUUGGAACUAGAUCAGCAACUGGUCGAGCCGGAGACGGACUCGGACUUCAACGCACCCCCGGUCGACUAUGGCGUUCUGAAACGUUACAUUCGCAACUGCUACAUGAUUUGUCAUGCAAAAUGACCAUGAGCCGCCAGACGAUCAAGCUGCUUCGCAUGACAGAUUAUCCAAGGGCCAAACAGCAUCUAAAUCUGUGCGAAAUUUGUGAUGCAAGAUUUGCAAGCUUGCCGCUUUCCCUAUUGCUCAACUGUUAAACAGUUGAGCAUGUAACAUUUGAGAACUCCAUAUUGACAUCACGCGAGACGAGGUCCGGCAGUUGCACGGGAACGAACAGAUCAUGAAGCUGAAAUCGAGAGGAAAUGAUAUGGAGCCGGAGCUGAAAAAUCUGGAGCUCGACGAAUUGGAGGCGUUGUCGGCCAUUCUUCGCGAC